CUCAACUAGCAUGCAAACCAAACUCUGCCUUUAGUCCUGGCUCUGCAGCCGACGAGGGUGUUAGCAGAGAAUGUGUUAGUGAACACCGCCUGCCAGUUUAGACACAACGUAUUGGUGUAUCGUACACGAAAUCUGUAUAGAAGCUACUGUGUGGUAACCGAUUAAAUCAUGGAUAGUCGGAAACGUCCCAGAGAGGAUUUACCACGCAAUUCAACCGACCAUUUCAAAACCCCAGAGAAGCGGGUGUCAGUGGUUCCACGCCAGGAUAGGAGCUUCACGCAGUGGGAUGUAGAUUUCAGAAACUGGGAUAUUGAAAGAACUUGUAGUUAUCUUCGUCGUGAAGGACUUGAAGAAUGGGAGAGCAAAUUUAAAGAACAACAGAUCACUGGGGUGGGUCUGCGCUACCUCACAGAGUCUCAGCUGGAGAAGAUUGGCAUUGGACCCUUGGGAAAACGCCUACAGAUACUCCACAGCCUGCAGAAACUAUGGCAGAUCACAAGCGUGCCUAUGAAGGUCUUCAACGACCCCAUCCACGGCCACAUUGAGAUGCACCCGCUCCUGGUGUGCAUUAUCGACACACCUCAGUUCCAGCGGCUCCGCUACAUCAAACAGCUGGGUGGGACCUACCUAGUGUUCCCUGGGGCGUCCCACAACCGUUUUGAACACUCUGUCGGGGUUGGCUAUCUGGCUGGCCGGCUGGUCCAAGCCCUGAACGAACGACAACCGGAGCUGCUCAUAACCAAGCAGGAUAUCCUGUGUGUGCAAAUCGCAGGCCUGUGCCAUGACUUGGGACAUGGGCCUUUCUCACACAUGUACGAUGGAAUGUUCAUCCCCAAAGUUCGUCCUGAUUGCAAGUGGAAGCACGAGAUGGCCUCUGUAAAGAUGUUUGACCACUUGGUGAAGGAGAAUGGUCUGGAGUCAGUGAUGCGGGAGCAUGGCCUGACCCUCCCCGAUGACCUGGUGUUCAUUAAGGAGCAGAUCGCUGGACCCCCGGAGAGCCCCGUCCUGACUCACAAAGGCCAGGCCCCUUGGCCCUACAAAGGCAGGCCUGAGGAGAAGUCCUUCCUGUAUGAGAUUGUGGCCAACAAAAGGAACGGCAUCGAUGUGGACAAGUGGGACUACUUUGCAAGGGACUGUUACCACCUUGGUAUCCAGAACAACUUUGACUAUCGGCGCUUCCUGAAGUUUGCCCGUGUGUGCGAGGUCAAGGGGACGAAGCACAUUUGCACAAGAGAAAAGGAAGUGGGGAACCUGUAUGACAUGUUCCACACACGGAACUGCCUCCAUCGCAGAGCCUACCAGCACAAGGUUGGCAACAUCGUUGAGACCAUGAUUACAGAGGCUCUGGUAAAGGCAGACCCCUACAUUCAGAUCCAGGGCUCAGGAGGGAAGAUGUUCACUCUCUCCACAGCCAUAGAUGACAUGGAUGCUUACACUAAACUCACAGACCACGUCUUUGAGCAGAUCCUCUAUUCGUCCUCUGAGGAGUUGGCAGGAGCCCGAGAGAUCCUUCAGAACAUCAUCUGCCGACGGCUGUACAAGUGUGUGGGUCAGACCCACCCCACCAAACACGUGGACGUGUCCCAGGGUAAGCUGCUGGAGUGGGCUAAAGAUGUGGCUAGGUCCAAACCCAGUGGCACAGAUGUGGAGUUCCAAGGAGAGGAUUUUGUUGUCAACGUCAUCCACAUGGACUACGGCAUGAAGGGCAAGAACCCGAUCAACAAUGUCCGGUUCUACUGCAAGAACGACCCCACCAAGGCCAUCAAAAUCCGCAAGAAUCAGGUGUCCCAACUGCUGCCGGAGAAGUUUGCGGAGCAGCUAAUCCGAGUGCACUGCAAGCGCACAGACGAGUGCAGCCUGGAGGCAGCCAAGAAGUACUUUGUGCAGUGGUGCAUGGACAUGAACUUCACCAAGCCUCAGGAUGGAGACGUGACUGCGCCAGAACUGACCCCUUUGAAAGCAAGCUGGGCCAGCACCGAUAACGAUGAUGAUGACGACGACGAUGAUGAUGAUGAUGACGAAGAAAUAGAUGAGGGCAGAAGUCAUCCAGCAAGCAAACACAGCACACCCCAAAAUGGAGGCAUGAAAGUGAAAACCCGGCUUGCAUUAUAGAGGAAGGUUGUCUUGUAGAGGAAGAUCAUUGCAGUGGUGUUCAGUUGGAAUGCUACUCAGUCUCACCACAAGGGGGCAGCAAAGUGCAUUUACCAGGGCAGAGAUGGGAAAGCCUCUACACGAGGGAGAGAGAGGCUCCGGCCCUUCGACAGACCUCUCCGUUUACCCCCAAAACUGCUCUUGGCAUCUAGUAUUUAUAAAGAGUUAAGAGUGUGGAGCCCUUUAUUUUUCUAAAUCUUUUUUUUUAUUUGUGUUUUAUAUGGUAGAUUUAGCACUCUUUAGUGUGUUCUAGAAACUUCUGAGGGGAUGUGUCAUAGUUGGAGGAAGUACUUGUUGAAUACAAACUCGCAAAGUACAUUUUACUCCUAUAACGUUGACUGGAAGUCUACCUCUGAAGUGUCAUUUUUAAUUUUCCCCAGUUAUGCCAGUAUCAGUUAUCAGAAAUAACAAAAAAAUGUUACAUUAUCUUGGUGCAUAUAUUCCUAAGACCAAAAGUUACUCUUGCAAUCAGUGCUUUGUUUUGGACUAUCAUAAGCAUGUUUCUGUACAUCGAAUGUAUAUUUAUUUUACCUCUAUAUCUGUGCUUUAAAGUAGUUAUACUUAGCAUAUUGGAAUAGGGGUGUUUACAUGUCUGGUUAAUUUAGCUCAGUUUAGUUUAAUACCACAUAUUUUCCUAGUCAUCCAUAUCAGUUUAUAGCCUGGUGUCAGAUGUGUGUGUGUGUGUGUUUUUUACUCUUUAUUUUUAAGCUUUUGUUUUAUUUAGGAAUUUGAUGUAUUGCAUGCUGCCUUCUGGUCUUCAGCAUUAUGGCAGCAUGAGGUAGGAGACAUAAACCGAUCCCUUUCGUCAUAGACAGUGCAGAUUAGCUUUGCAGAUUAAAUAACAGGAAAGGCAUUUAGUGUGCCAUUAUUUUGGGUGGUGUGGACAUGUAGAGUGUGUUUUUGUGGGUGUUCUCUGAGGAUUUAUUUUUUUGAGGGUUUUUUUUCUUUCUUCUGUUUUACGUGUGAAACUUUCCUGUCCUGGUCUGCAUAGUUCUCAUUUGUCUUUGUUUAUGACCACUGCCUGCCCCUCAAUUCUAGUGUGGGCUUUUGUACUCUGAACUUUGACCUGCGUUGCUAGCAGUACUCCACUUUCUAGUCAGGAAGUGAGUUGACAUCAAAGCUGCUGACCAUCAUGUUUUAGUUGCCAGUGAUAAUGCACUUUAAAAAAAAAAAAAUAAAAAAAACAGCAGAAAAGAAAAAUAAAUAAUCAGGAUAUGUUAAGAUAUUUUUGAAAGAUGUUUGUAUCCAUGUGAUGUAUCUAUGCAUGUCUGACCUCAGUGACAGAAUAAAAAAACACCUUCCUCUAUCUAACCUUGAA